GAGCCAAGUAACCCUCAUCGGAGAUUUAUGAUAUGACCAUCUUUUGACAGUUCUGUUUGUUCUUCGUUCUCAGCUUCAUCUAGGAAUUCUGGCUGAUCGGUGAGUGCGCACAGAAUAAAUCAAGACUCAUUUGUCAAUAUGCCUUCCUCCGACGAUGGUGCUAGCGUCUCACCACUUGGACCCAUAGAUCCAGCAUCUCUAACAGAAGGAGGCUCUUCUGCUGAGAACGAGAAAGCAGCGCCUUGGAUCGUUAGGAAACUGGUUGGGUCCAUGACCGGCCGUAUUGUCAUGUCUUCGUACGAGUCCCUCCGAGCUGCAGGAACCAGUGUUAUCUGUCUUUCACCUUGGGGAGAUCAAUCUCCCUUGACGCUCCCCUGUAUACGGUUUCGGGAUAUAGCCGUGCAUACUGUGAUUGCUGCCACGGGUGGUUUUGCUGCAAUAGCCAGUCCAGUGAUGGGACCCGUCAGUGAUCUGGUGGUGUCGUCUUUUGGAGAUACGAUUUUGGUCGAACUCGGUCUUCAUGCCGGGUUCGAGCUGACAACGAAGGCUGCCAAUGAUCUUAUUAUUGAGCAUGGAAUCAAGCAUGCUAUACCGAUACAUUCCAGCCGAUUAGAAACGACUGGCGUAAAAGUCCUGCUCAUCACCCUCAAAUUCAAGCAUACAAUAGAAGAUGCUGCAUUAGGAUUUUUUCGUAGUAGUGUUCACAAAGAUGCCGAUCUUUUUGCUGUGGUGAAGGAUUAUCUGGCGGUAGAGAAAGGCUGGUUUUCCCCAUAUCUAUUUGCCAGUAGUCGCCGCCCGAUCAUUCCCAGAUCGAUGAAGCCUGAUGUCGUUUUUUGUCAUGGGCCUUUCUUGCAAGGUGACUAUCGGGUCGGGGAGACGCUGUUGAACGAAUCUGCAUCUAUAAUAAACUUUUGCCAAGGUCCCACCAUACCUGAAGCGUCCCGGGAGACUCCCAAACAGCACUCACUUUCCGACCUCAAAGACUUGAAGAUUCCAUCCCUUUCGAAUGUCUUCUCUCGUUCGCGCACACCCUCCCCGAAUCCCCAAUUAACACGUUUACCUACACCUCCUGUCCCGCGACGCAUGGUAAUAUUGGUUGUGGGCCUCAAGCCACAUCGGAAACUCUGGACAACUUCCGCACGUCCAGAAGAGAGUGUAAUCAACUAUAUUCUUCUCAAUGGUUGUCCUGCGAUAGUUGUACCUGUGAAAGUCGGCGCGCCACUCAUCGCUUGGGAUGCCUUGACGUUGGAGCAGUUGUGGGACGUGGAGAUUCCGUCGACCGAUGAUGCGCCUAGUGCCUCAGGCAAAUUUGAGGGCAUAGUAAAUGUGAUUUCCGAAUUUUUGGAUCUCUGUGUGGACUGGGGUCGGAUUGAAAUUCAGGGAGAUAGGGAUCAUGAUCUAAUGACUGGUGCUGAACAGGAUAAGGAUAAGGUUAGAAAUGCUUUACGGCUACUUGUUGCUGCUGCAACAAGAAGCAAAGAUAGCAAAGAGGUGAAAAAGGAAGUGGACGCUGACAGGGCCGGAAUUGCAAUGUGGCGAAUACCCUGAAAAGUUUACUGUACUCAUUCUGUCACAGACUCAUUUCCAGAUAAUGUUGAAAUCUGUAUGUAUAACUAUAUGGUGUACAUUGUCCAAUCCAAUUUGAGUUGUACAGAAA